AUGCUGCGCAAUUUUUCACAGUUUACCAGAUCCUUUUCGCUAGCCGGUCCAGUAUCCAGGGAAUGGAGGCUGGUGGAAUCCAGACGCGUGGCACAAUCGCAUGAGUUCAAGACAGGCGAUGAAAAGCCCGUGUUCAUUCCACAAAGCAGGAAAUCGUUCCCGGAGUACAAAUAUGGUGAAUCCCAAAUUUUCAAGCAAAGCAAUAAGGGGCUCUACGGUGGAUCCUUUCUGCAGUUCGGUAACAACGUUUCCGAAAGUAAGACGAAAACGAGAAGACGCUGGCUGCCUAACAUUGUGAGAAAAGGUCUCUGGAGUGAGACAUUGAACAGGAAGAUUAGCAUUAAGAUGACCACUAAGGUGUUACGGACUAUAUCCAAGGAGGGUGGCAUCGACAAUUACCUCACCAAGGAAAAAUCUGCGCGUAUUAAAGAGUUGGGGCCCACUGGCUGGAAACUGAGAUACCGAGUACUGCAGAAAGCCGAACAGGUGGCAAAGGCCUCACGUUCGGAUGCUCCUGUCGCGGAAGAUGCGAACGGAAACCUGGUCAAAAUAUACUACGAAGGAGAAAUCGACGGUCAGACACUCCGGAUCACGGCCGGCAGACGGAAACUGAUGCAGCUUUUGUUUCCACUGGAGAAGUUAGAACGUAAGGCUGACGGCGAAGAGUUCUCGUAUAAGCAAUUUGUGAUCGAGUUUGGGUCCGUCUCCGCGGAACAGCUUCUAUCUCAACUUGUCAAGCGCGGACUGGAUGUUAAGACGAUUUCCGUAUGA